CCACCUCUCCCUCCCGGUCUCACUACUCUCCCACUCUGCUCUCCGAGCUGGAGUCGAUGCUGCUAAACUCAGCCACUGAACACGCUGAUUCUAUAGGUUGGCCCUUAUUGAGAAGUUCCUGUCUGGACCAUUUAUGGCACAUUGGCUGAAUUACAUAGAGGAAUGCACAUCAGUUAACAGGCUGGACUGAGAGAAACUACAGGAGGAGCAAAAAAAAAAAAAACAGAUUUUGGAAAAGUGAAGUUGGAGUCUGAGAGGAGCAGGUGGACCUCUGGCAUUGGUAGCUUCAGCCUUGUUUUUCCUUCCAACAGGUAGGCACAGCCACAAAGUUUACAGGUGACUGACCCAAACAUUCGGAUGCAUUUAUCUCUGGAUACCAUGAGCAUGGUGGACGACAGCUGCCUCUCGCCCAGCAACUUUCACGAAAUGGGGAAAGGCGGGGGCACCGCAGUCGGGGGCCGCGUCCACAGCAUUGAUGUCAUCCUGGGCUUCAAUAAAGACCAGGACCCCUUGCUAAGUCCUGCUGGGCCCACUGGGCCCCAGAAGAUGGGUAUAGAUGGGCUGGGAGAACAUAUGAAGCAGCAGGAACCCUUGUCUCACCCAUCCUACAGCGGACACCUUUCAUCUGUAAGAAACAGCAGCACGCAGCAGUACCAGGCAGAUUCUGGCCUGUACGGAAACAAGAGCGACGAAGAGCUGAGUGAGCUCAGAAAGAAUGUAGAUAGCGAUGAAGGCAAGUCUCCGGAGCCUUGCAAGGAUGAUCAACCCAAGAAGAAACACAGACGCAACCGCACAACCUUCACCACCUACCAGCUGCACGAGCUGGAACGCGCCUUUGAGAAGUCCCACUACCCAGAUGUCUACAGUCGGGAGGAGCUGGCCUUGAAGGUGAACCUCCCUGAAGUCCGAGUCCAGGUCUGGUUUCAGAACCGCAGAGCUAAAUGGCGUCGGCAGGAAAAGAUGGACGCAAGCACCAUGAAGCUUCACGACUCCCCUAUGCUCUCCUUCAAUCGCCAGGCUCCAGUUCACACCAGCAUGGGCCAAAUAACCAACUCCCUCCCUUUGGAUCCUUGGCUCACCUCUCCCCUGUCCAGUGCCACACCUGUCCAGUGCAUCCCAGGCUUCAUGGGUCCAGCUCAGGCACUCCAGCCCAGCUAUUCCAGUCAUGGAUUCCUCAACAGCGGACCCCAUGCCCCUCACCCACACUCUCACCCUCAUCCUCCCACUGGACAGGGGAUGCAGAGUAUGGCACGUCCACCUUACCAAUGUCCAGCCCCAUACUCGGAAAAGUUUCCUCUAGAGGACGUAGACCAGCGCAGCUCGAGCAUCGCUGCUUUGAGAAUGAAAGCCAAGGAACACAUCCAAUCAAUGGACAAGACCUGGCAACCUAUGUGACCAGCGCAUUUGACAGCCCAUGUCAGUGACAAUCCUGGGGAAAAGGAGAUAAUGAAAAUCAUGCCUGCUCUCACACAACAUUAGGAUUAAACUGAGCUGUGAAAACUGAAGAUCCUUUUUGCUACUUUCUUUUAAUCUUUUAAUAUUCUUCUCUCAUCUCCAAGACAUAGAGGAGUUCACCACUGUGAGGCUGCAUAUUUGGUCAUCUGUUAUUCCUUUAGAUCUUUUGUGCCUUGGGUGCCGUAAAUGUAGAAACUCCAACUAGGGUCAUCGUACCUUGCACCCAAGAAACUAUUGGAUUUCAUUUUUUAUUUUUUUUUUAAGUUUAUUUAAAGCUCCCAGACCAAUUAAGUCAUACACUUGAAAUUAAUUAUUAUUUACUAUUUAGAACUUUGUUUUUUAAAAUUUUCUCAUUACAGCCUCAUUGUUUUCUAUCUGACUUUUAUGGGCAACACAAAAUAGUGUUUGGUUAUAAAGUGGAAGGAAAUAUUAUAGUGUUAAAUAUUUGUUUACACACAGAGAAGAAGAAAAAGAAGAAGUAUGGCUUACAUUUGCAGCUAAAAGUCCUUUGGAGUAUCUCUCCACCAGCUCUGCACCUCUAGGGAUUAAAUUAUUCCCCAUUUUCAGCUGAAGCUCAUUUAGAUUAGAUGGGUGCUGGCAGUAACUUAAGCUGUAGAUUUUAAGCUGAAUUUAGGGACAGACUUCGACUUGGCCAUUCUAGCACAUUUUUAAGUUGUCUGCAGCCUUUAACAAGUUUUCUUUAAGGAUUCCAUUACAGUUAGCUCCUUCCAUCUUUCUAUAAACGGACCAGCUUCUCAGACCCUGCUACAGAAUGACAUCCCUGCACUAUGAUGUCACCGCUUAGUUUCACCAAUGAGGUGUUCAAGGGAAUUUGUAAUGUUAUUUUUGCCUCUUUAUUAUUUUUCAUCUAGCUGAAGGGUUCAGUUUUAUUCCCUCUCAGUGGAGCACCUUCUCUUACAUGUAUCCUCUAUGCUCAUUACAUGGAUUGUGGCCUUGUGAUGAGAGAUUCUUUAGAACAUCCUUCUAAUGAUUUCCUUUAAACAAUAAUUUCACCAUUUAAUCAAUUUCAUAGAGGCCAGACUUGUGCAGUGUACAACUAAUAGUUUUCCUGUCAACAGAUUCUGCCACCUGAGCUGUAGAUCUCUGUGGCCCCUCCAGAGUGACCAUGGCCAUCAACAUCUCGCCAUGAGCUAUUUACCUUUGUGCUUAAGCCGUUGAGGCUUUCGCUAUUUUGCUGUGUUCACGCCAGGGUUGGAUUUGAAACAGCAGGACACCAUUUACUUAUUUUCUUAUUUUUAGAGGAUUAUGAUCAGGGGUAUUAGAAUUUUUGGUAUGUAUUAUGUACAAAUGUAUGCCAGAGUUUUCACAUUUUGUUUUCUGAAAGGUUAAAGAGAACAUGCAUCGUUAUCUUUCCACUUUAUAAUUAUAAGCUACUUUGUGUUGAUCCAUCGCUUGAAAAUCUGUCAAAAUACAUUCAAAUU